CCAGAAUCGCUUGGAAUAACAACCAAGAACGCACAUUUUAGCCAGACGCCAUUUUCACGAGACUGUAUUUGGGCAACGGAGAACUUUUUUUUUUUCUUACUGGCUCUAACGGGGAAUUAAACAUCGUGCUUGUACGUGUAGCUAGCUGUCCAGGAUGUAUUUGAAACUUUUAGCACUUCUCUUCUUGUCCUGUGGUGCUAUAAGAGCUCAAAGAUCAACUCAGGAUGCGUUCAUGAUGGAAUACUUUCAGAGGAGAUUACUGGAGAUGGAGAGCCGUCUCAUCAGAUGUGAUCAAGACCUCCAAAGCGUCAACCAGAGGAUGUACGAAAUGUCCGCACAGAUGCGUGGUCAGGUGCGCACUGUGAACACGCUGAAGUCUGAGAUUCAAAGCUCCGUGGACAGCCUGGCCACACGAAUGGAACGAGUGGAAAGAGAUGUUGAGUACCUGCAAAAUAAACUGCCUGACACGUCUAGUGUUGAGAUCUCCGACUAUCUGCUGGAUCAACAAGUUAAAGAAGCCCAAAGGAAAGGAAAAGCUGUAAUCAUACAGGGAACAGAAUGUAGCAUCAGAUUCUCUGGCAUCAAAUCACAGAAAAUCCUCAAGAAGGCAGGAGACGUAGUCGGCUCAUGGCUAAAAGACCCAGCCACAGACCCCUCUAAGGUCUACCUCUUUAGCGGCUCCAGGAACAACACGCUGCUACAGUUUAGUUCACUGAAAACCUUCACAGAGUCCAAUUUAACCAGCACGCCCAAGCUCAUUCAGCUUCCUCGGUCAUGGCAGGGAACAGGCCACGCCGUCUACAAUGGCUUUGUCUACUAUCAUAACGCUGACACUCGAAACGAAGUGCUGAAAGUUAACCUUGUCGACCGCACAGUGGCAGACCGUAUGAUUCUGCCCACCGCUGGCCGCAUGCCCACGUAUGGACUCUCCCCGCACACGUUCCUGGACUUUGCUGUGGAUGAGAUGGGAUUAUGGGUCAUCUAUGCUGAUCCGGACAUUGGAGGGAAUCUUGUGCUCACCAAGUUGGACACCAAAAGUCUGUCGGUGGAGCACACAUGGGAUACGGCCUGCAAGAGCCAUAACGCAGAAGGCGCCUUCGUGAUCUGCGGCACCAUGUAUGUCGUCUACAACUCACACUCCGGAGGGCGCUCUAGCGUUCAGUGCCUGUUCGAUAUCCACGACACUGUCUUGACAGAGGAGUUGCCGGCGAUGUACUUCCCAAAGCGCUACUCCAGCCACUCAUUCAUGCACUAUGAUCUGCAAGACAAGCAGAUCUACGCCUGGGAUGAUGGCUACCAAACCAUCUACCAAUUGGAUUUGAAGAACAAGUUACAGGUCACCUAAGUUUAACAACAUUGCUUAAGUCAAGUCUCAAGUUAAUUAUUGCAUAUCUCAAGAAAUUAUACUGUACCAAACAUGGGUGGUACAAUGGCUCGAUGGUGGCGGUAAAAGUAGGAUAAAUUGUUCAAACUACAGAUUUUUUAAUUAAUGAGCCCAGCUAACCCUAACCCUAGAAAACUGUUCCAAAAAUGCAUUACGUACUGUUCACUCCCUCUCAUUCACCUUUCUUUGACAUACAGUAUGAACAUACUAAAUGUUCAGUAGAUGCACAAAUCAAGGUAACAUCCCAAUGCCAAUCAACCAUUCCAAAGAGACUAGCAUGCAACGAGUUGCAUUUGAAAACCAUUCCUAAGUGAUACUGUAAGUCUGAUUUCGAACACAGGGCCACAAUGGCAAAAGUUCUGGAACUCACCAGACUGUAUGAUAUAUCAUUUCUGCGAAACCGAAUGUAAAUUAUGAAGGCUGUCUCAGAUGCCUCGGGUGUUCUCUGGGCAGAGGAAGGUAAAUGAGAAUGAGCUAGAUCAGGGGUAUCUAAUCCAAUCUGCAAAGGGGGCAAUGUGUCAAAGAGUUUUCAAUCUAACAGAACAGAAUUACUUUAAAUACACCUCAUCAGGCAUCAGAACACCAAGACCAACUGGUUCCGAAAAAUACAAUGUUGUGAGCUUUUGCUUGAUUGGACUGUAAACCUGUCGAGUGAACUGUAACUCCUGGGUUCUAUCACUGUUGGAGAUCAAAUCAGGUAUUUAGUUAAAUCCUGCGUGAUUUGAGUUAUGCAUGUUAAAGUAGAUUCUUGCUUCAAUAAGCUCCAUUUUCGUACUAAGUUUAUUAUUUUAUCAUGGGAUAUGGCAAAUGUAAGUUGGCCUUGAAAAAAAAAAAGGUAAACCUUAAUUUAAAACAAUGAUUCCAUAAGGUAGCAAGAAAGAGGAAGCUUUUAGUCUCAUUUUGACUCCAGGAUUUGCUGUUAAAAUACAGUAACGUCGCCAGCGGUGCGGUUUUGUAGUAAAAAAAGACACCAGCUUGUAUAGCAUUUAAUAAGGGCAUUAAAACAAUGUUUAGGAUUAACAUUUUCUCAAUUAUUCAAGAAGAUAGGGUAUUUAUGAACAAUUUUUGCUGCCAUUACCUGACUUUCAAACUGAACUAAACUACAACAUCUGUCUGGGAGUUGAAUGUUCAUUUCUAAGACUAAGACUGGCUGUGUUAAGCCUAUCCAUGCAACAAACUAUUCCCUAAUAACCAAUCAAUGAAAUUAUUUUACAUUUAGAAUAUUUAUUAUCUGGGGGCAUAACAUUGGAUUUAUUCUGGUAAUAGCUAAUGUUAACUAAUGAAAUAAAACUGUGAAUGUCACCCUAGAUUGCGAUUUUAGUGGUUAGCAUUGUCGCCCAGGCUUGGUGGGUUUCCUCCGGGUUCCAUACAGAGCCAUACUGAUUUGCGUUCCUAAAUUGCCAGCAGUGUUUGAUUAACAGGAUAAAGCGAUACAGACAAUGAUAAUGAGUAGAUUGCCACUUACAUAAAGUCAUUGGGAAUAACCCGGCCACGCCAUUGUAAAAGCAAUGCUUACAUCCCUGAAGAAGGCUUAUUUUUGGACCCUAAGCACUCUUAAUUGUCUACUGAACGCGUAAACAACAUUUUUUUUAUUCUUCUUCUUCUGAGAGCAUGCCAACACAUUUUUGCAGUAAGCCUUGGAGCAGUAUUGCGCAACAUUCGCAUAGGGUAAUCCUUUUUCUCGUCUUUCUUUCAGCUUGUUUCUUGCUCUUUUGU